AUCAACUAACCAUUAAUUAAAAUUGCAUGUAAAGAAGAAAGGUUGAGGAUAGAAUAUUCUACCCAGAACACACAUUCCAAAUGCAACGAACCCUGUAAAAGAUUUCAGCUCCUCACUCUAGUGGAGCUAGUGAUGAUGACGACGAGUUCGCAAAUGCUCCAGGUGGCGCCACUCGCACCACACGCUUCCUCCUCCUCAUCUUCUUCUUCGUCCAAAACCCUCCCAGUCUGGUUCAUCCAUUGCCAUUGCCACCCUUCACGGCCUCAGCUCACUCUCCGCCACCGCCCAAGGUCCCCAAUACUACUCGCCGGAAACCCAGAUAGGAAGUUGCAAGUUUCUUCGUCUUCGUCGUCAUCUUGGACUACCCAACAAGACCAGGACGAUGAAGAAGAAGAAGAUGGAGACGAUGACCAAGAAGAAGAAGGAAGUGACCCUACUCCUGACGACCUCGAAUACAUCAGCCAAAUCAGAAGGGUGUUGGAGCUUCUUAAGAAGAACAGUGACAUGAUUUUCAAUGAGGUUAAGCUUACUGUUGCGAUUGAGGACAUAAGAGAAGUUGAGCGGAGGAGACUCAUUGGCAUUGAGGAUCCUGAUGCUCCGACCAGGGAAGAUUUGGCUGCUGUUCUUGAAGAAGUGAAUGAGGGGAAAAUCCCCAAAAAUCGACUUGCACUUAAACUGCUAGCUGAGGAAAUGAAUUGAUGGCCCAAUCUGGAGAUUAAACCAGCAAAGAGAAAGCCAGGAAAAUCACUAUAUGCAAGAGUCACAGACACUGGUAUUGAUCUUAAAGAGGCUGCUAAGAGAUUGAACAUUGAAUGGGAUACAGCUGCAGAGAUUGACGAUGCUGAUUUUAAGGAUGAGUCAGAUGUGCAUUCAGUUGUGGUUAAGAAUCACCAUCGCGAUUGAGGACAUGAGAGAAAUUGAGCUGGAAACUCGUUGGCACCAAAGAUCCCGAUGCUCCCACCAGGAAGCAGUUGGCUGCUGUUCUUGAAGAAGUCCCUCCUUUAAGUUCCUGGAUUUAGAUCCUCUCCUUGCUAGGUUUGGUCCUUGGUUUCCUUGACUUUGAAUCUAGGCCAUUCACUAACCAUCCAAAGACCCAUAAAGAGACACUUCACAGUAUUGUUUUUUAUUCAAACAAAGAAUCCAUUAAUGCAAUGAAUCAAGCAAAGAUCAAAUGGUGGUUGGAGUCUUAAAUUAUAUGAAC